AUGGAAGGCUACAAGGAGAUAACGUCGGCAAUCGAGGGCCGACUCUUCCUCUCGACGCAAAAAGCGCACGAAGCGCAGGAGGGCAACGAGGCGUAUUUCCAGACACGCCCCGUGUCCUUGCCAACGGCGGACUCUUGGUUGUCGCCGCUUGCCAACCCGAUCAAUUUCUCGGCCAAGGGCAAGACCGACGACACCAAGACCGUGCGGAAGGGAGUUGGUGGUACCGGGGGGAGCUCUCGACGUCCUCCGUACCUAAAGACAUCGGGUCAAAAUCUGCCCAAGCAUACCGACCCGAGUUUGGAACCCGUCGAGAUCACCCGGAACGAUGCAUUCAGCGUGGCCUUCGAUCUUGCCGAGCCGGUAUUGUUUUUGGAAGGAUUUGACUUCCCACACAACCUAGAGCACACAUCCGCGGUGCUGAGAGGGGUGAUGCGGUUGAGGGUCGUGCAGGAGACGACACUGGGUAAACUCUCGCUCGACUUUCAGGGAGUCAGUCGGACCAUAUGGCCGGAGUCGUGGAGAGUGAGACGGCUGAAAAAGGUAUUGGACGAAAGUGUCGUCGACCACACGUGGGACUUUCUCGACAAGGAGAGAGACCCCGCAAAGGCGGCGCGCGUAUUCAGUCCCGGCGUGUACAACUACAACUUCGAGCUUCCGCUGGCAUCUUCGUUCCCGGAGACAAUUGACCUGCCCAUGGGCAAGGUGUUUUACCACCUCACGGCCACUGCGGUAGAGUCUGGCCGCCCAUCCGUCUCGGCGACCUUCAAGCAGCCUGUCACGCUGGUGCGCAUUCCAUGUGUAUGUUCACUCGAAAUGACCGAACCGUACCAAGUCCACGGCCUCCUCCACGGCCUCGGGUACGGCUUCUCCCUCGCGGCCAAAUCCUGUCCGGUGGGCGGACAACUACCCAUGAAGAUGAAGAUCUCGACCCAGCCAGACCGUUUCUGGCAGCAAAUCACCGUAGCCAUGGUCGAGGAAGUGCAGUAUCAGACCCGCACGGGGAUGGCGCACCGAGAACAGUCGCGGUCCAAGGCCGUCCUGUACACGAAGCGGGUCAAGCGCGAUCCUCUGCACCAGCGCGCAUUCCGCCGCAUCAGCGCCGUGGGUGAGAAUAUGGCGGUUUCUCACGCCAACGGCACGGUCAUCGAGAAAGACACGCCGCGGCGAAGUCGAUCCAUGUCGGUCCACGAAGACAGCGAGGGCAAUUUCCUCUAUGAGACGGCCAUGCUGCAAAUGCCGUCAUGCUCACGCAUCCACGCGGACACGGCGUACAGGUGUCUCUACGUCCGCCAUUCGCUGCUGAUCACCAUCUCGGCCUUUGUAGAAGUGAGCGAGAGCAGCCGCAAACACUUCGAGAUUCGGGUCCGGAUACCCAUCCAGAUCCUGACCUGCAGGUGGCUCGACGGGAGCGCCACGCUGCCCAAGUACUCGGAAGACCCUGAGGAGCUUUCGCUCGAAGGGUCGCCGAGUCUGUGUCGCUGUAUCAGCGGGUCGCCAGGGCCGAUCCUGGGAAGAAGGAGUAACCUCGACGAGAGGACGACGGCUGAUCGAGAGGACUAG